CAGCGUCGAACAAACAAAGAGUUCGUAGAAAACAAAACAGUUUUAUUUUUUUGGGAUUAAACAAACUUAAGUGUGAAAUCGUUAAAAUGAAGGUAUUCUCAUGUGUUAUGGCUCUUGCUUUGGCUACCUCAGCUCAAGCUGGUCUCUUGCCUCAUCACGGUGAUGGACAUCAUGGUUUGGUUCAUCAUGGAGCUGACUUCCAUCAUGCUGAUAUCCAUCACAGCAAUGGCAUCCACAUUGGCCACUCUGCUCGUCUCGUAGUUGAUGGCCAUCAUGGUCUUGAACACCACGGUGUUGAACAUCAUCCCGUCUACCAUCAUGCUGAUCAUCACGCCGCCUUGGAAGUUGCCCAUCACGAUGCUGGUCAUCAUGGUGUGGCUGCUGUUGAUGUGCACAACGCACCCGCUGCCAAGAUCAUUCAACAUGAACCCAUCCACAAAGUGGAACCAGUCCACCAUGUCACCAAGGUGGUACAUCAUGAACCUCAUCAUUUCUUGCACUACACCAAUCCCGUUGUCGAUCAUCAUGUUGUCCACCAAAACCACCAUGUCGAUGAACAUCAUCAUGCUGCCGAUUUGCAUCACACCGAAUUGCAUCAUGGCGAUGCUGCCCAUCACGGUGAUUUGACUCAUCACGCUGAGUUGGUCCACCACGACGGUGUUUUGCGUCAUGCCGGUUUGGUUCAUCACGCCGAUGCCCACCAUCAUGCUGCUGUUGUCCAUCACGCUGAUGCCCAUCAUCAUGCUGCUGCUGUUGUCCACCACGGUGAUGUCCAUCACCAUGCUGAUUUGGUACAUCAUGCCGUGCCAGUCCAUCAUCAUAGCGCUGCUAUUGUCCACAAGGUGCAACCCGCUCACUGGCACAGCAAAGUGAAGAUUACCGAAAAACAUUAUUAAACGAUUUCACCUCCCACCAAAGAAUACGAAAACUCAACACAAUGCCACUGA